CCUCUGGUCGUUGCGGCUCGCAGUCUAGUCUCAACUUCUCUCGGUCAGUGAGCGUUGGAUCGUUGACCUGUACUAUUAGCUUCGGUGUGUUUAUAAGAACUAACGCUUUCUUAGUUUUACCACUUUUUUUGUUCAUUUAAAAAAAAAAAAUUUUUUUUCGGUUAAAGUGUUUCAAAAUAGAAACGGAUAAAUUAAAAGCUUUAUAAAAAAUGUACAUGGAGCUACUCAUGCCAGUUACUUUAACGAAGCAAAAAAACCGAUAGAGAUUUUUCUAAAUGUACGAUGGAAUGAAGCCCACAGUCACUAUACAGUCACGCGUUAGUAUUGUAGACCGUCUAAAUGUCAACACAUUGAUAGUACACCGUUUAAAUUUAUUUUAGUCCAACGAGACAAGAUCAAAGAAAAACUAGUUUUACUUUUAUAACUUAACGAGACAACGAUUCAACUGUCACACAUUUUUUAAACAAUAUUUUUAAAACUUUUAAAAUUAUAAAUAAGUAUUAAAAACAGUAAAAAUGUAAUUUUACUUGUACAUAUAUUUUUUAAAAAGUCCACAGACAUAAGACAUAAUUAUCAUAUCAAAGUAUUAAUAAUUAUAAAUUAUAACAAAAAAUAAAACUUUUUAAUUAUUAUUUUCAUUUAAAAUUAAAUAAUGUACUGGUAAUAACUUAACUCUAGGCGUGUAUGAUUAAUUACAUGUAGUAUUAUCAACAACACAAGUCAUCAUAAAUGAUUCGAAUAAAAGUGGAUAACCGCCAAGUUGAGUGUAUUGAAACAUCACAACUUCCGUGUAACAAUUUGUAAUAUAAUUCGGAUGUAGUGAGAGAAUAAAGCAGUAUUUUAUUUAAUUAAUUUGUCUUGACAAAAAAAAGUUGAAAAAAUACCACAAGGUAGUUUAUUGAUUUUGAUGCAAAAGGAAGAAUGGCAAGUCGCAUGAAAGCUUUGUACAACCAGGUGAUAUUCGAGAGGAGAGUUCUCUUAGGGUGCACUAUUCUCAUCGGAUUAGCAGCGUGUGUGUGGGCUGUCGCUAUUUGUACGGAUCACUGGUACUCGGUUGAGUCACCCAUUAGUCAGCCAAAGGGCUUACUCCUCAGGAAUGCUGACAAAAAUGGCAGAACAUUAGUUUACAGGAAUCAAGGACUUUGGAGAGACUGUAUUUCAGGUUACGAGCCAGUUCAACAGAACAAUACCGGGGAGUUAAAAUUUUAUCAAGAAUGUAAGCGUCAGGAAAUGUUUCCAACAGAAGAAAAUAUCAUGUCUGAUUUUGACUUUGAUGCUACCGUUCUCAGUUACGCAAGAACUCAAGUCUCAUUUGCUAUCAUCAGUAUGAUAAUUAUGCUCAUGGGAUUUUCAUUUUCAAUUUACACCUUCCGAAACCCUCGAUAUAUGUUCAAAAGAUUAGCUGGUGGAAUACAUUUUAUUAGUGGCGCCUGCGUGAUGGUUGUUAUUCAAGUGGUUCUCUCGUCAAUGGAGUACGGCAGCAAAAAUACAGUGAUGGGAUUUCCAAAAGGGUCAUCAGUGCACUAUGGUUUCUCUCUAGUCCUGGCGUGGUUCGUCUGCAUGGGUAAUCUUCUUGCCGGAUGUGCUUUUAUACUGUUUUCUAAGAAAAGAAAACGCGAUAAAGCGCCAACUGAAGAAAUUGCGAUGGCCGAUGAGCCAACUAUUAUCGGACGUUGAUCAGGAUAAGAAAAAACAAAUGUAAUAAAUAAUUAUUUUAAAAAAUAAGAAGAAAAUUACGUGCUCGAAAAUAUUCAUUUCCUAUUUUCUUAUAAUAUUGGCGACUUCUCAAUUGUACCUGUUGAAAUCUUUCAUAAAAAGACAAUGUAUAUAGUUAAAAAAAUCUAAUAAUAAUAAUAAGUUUUAUUUCUUCUUCAAUGAAGAUCAUUCAAUUAUUUAUAUGUAAGAGUGAGAAAAUGAAACAAUUGUGUAGUUAUAAUUAUUAAUUGAUUGAAUAUAAUUAAAACUUACAACAAUGUGAUAUAACAUUCAUAAUAAUUAAUAAUUAAUAACAUAUAUACAUUAAAAUUUCCGAUGUUACAAAGGAGUAUGAAAUAUCAAUGUGUAAUUGAAAUAUUAUGGAAAGUUUUGCGCAAUUUUUU